GAUGAGGAACUUAGAUUGAUAUUUGAAUAUUUAGAUCCUCAUACAAAAGCACCUUCAGCCGAUUUAGUAAGAAGACAUAUAUUGUGUGAUUUUGACAAUGAAUAUGAGAAACUUCGUAAAAAAUUGCAAGAUAUUCCUGGCGGUAUAGCGGUAACAACCGAUAUGUGGACGACUGAUAAUUAUGACAAUAUGAAAGGAUCACACACAGGUGCCGCAAUUGCAGAAGCAAUGGAAAUGUGUCUUCAAAAGAUAGGAAUUAUUACAAAAGUGGUCAUGAUCACAUGUGACAAUGCGUCAUCUAAUAAUAG